UAAUUCGCUCUGCGGCAUCGGGAGAAGCACGUUCCGUUCCAUAAUGCCUGUGGUGUUGGCAUUAUUAUUAAUUUUGCUCGUCGUUAUAUUAAAUAAGUUCUAUAAUUUCGUAUUCGGUAAACCUUUAGCAAAUGCACCUCCAGGUUUACCUCGGUUCCCAAUAUGGGGUAGCUAUUGGCUCCUUCUUUGGGGAAACUACAAUUUUCCUCACAAAACGAUCCACUAUUACGCCAAAAAGUACAAAUCCAAAGUGGUAGGAUGCUGGCUGGGCGAUUAUUACACGAUAGUUGCGACGAACUACAACAGUAUCAAGGAACUGCUCACGAAGAAAGAAUACGACGGAAGAUUGACCGAUGCUUUCAUAUUUACGUCGAGAGCUUUUGGAAAAAAAUUAGGCAUCUUUUUCACCGAUGGUGACAAAUGGAGAGAGCAAAGGAGGUUUGCCCUCAGGUAUAUGAGGGAAUUCGGGUUCGGACGACGAAUGGACAAGACUGAGAGCGAUUUUGCGGAGGAGCUGGGCGUGCUGCUUGACACCUUAAAAAGUGGUCCCGCCAACGAGAACGAGCGGAAGGUGCUCAAGGACGGCAACAUGGUCCGUUUUCCAGAUAUCCUCUAUCCAACAGCAGCCAAUUUCUUUCUGACGAUAUUCACCGGGGAACGUUUACCGAGAACUGAUCACGAGAAGCUGCGAGUCGUGUCAAGGGCCGCCGCAAAAUUUCAAAGAAACAGUGACACGACCGGAGGUGCGAUAUUGGUCACUCCUUGGAUUCGCCACUUCGCUCACGGGUUUUCUUAUCCCGGAUUCAUCGAAGGGUCGACGGGGAUAACAAACUUUAUCAAAAAAUGCUUCGGAACGAACGAGGCGUCGUUUAUCGGCGAUGCCGAAAGAGGCUUCCUCGACACGUGUAUUAAAAGACUGAAGGACGAGGAAGGAUUUCCGACAAUCACCGAAGAGCAGGUCCUCAUGCUGGGUACGGACCUGAUUUUUCCAGCGUUAACAGCUAACCCGUGGGCCGUGACGAUCAUAAUCAAGUACAUGAUGCACCAUCCUCACAUCAUGGAGAAAGUUCAAAAGCAGAUCGAUACGGUGAUCGGCAGGGAUCGGCUAAUCACGUUGAACGACAGAGUAAAUCUUCCUUACGUCGAAGCAACGAUCCGUGAAGUUAUGAGAGUGGAGACGAUGACACCUUGGUCGGUAGCUCACAGGGCGAUGGAGAGGGGUACGCUAGACGGUUUCGACGUCCCAGAGAACGCAGUUCUGGUAACCGACCUCUACUCCAUGCAUCACGAUCCAGAGAUGUGGGGUGAUCCGGAAGAAGUUCGUCCCGAGCGAUUCCUGACCGAGGACGGCCACAUGGGGAAGGACCGCUCUUUGCCGUUCGGCGCAGGGGGACGACUUUGCGCCGGCGAGACAUUCGCAAGACAAUUUUUAUUCCUCACCUUCAGCACCCUUGUCCAGAAUUUCGACUUCUCUUUCAUCGAGGGCGAGCCGUCGUCCUUGGAGGAUCGGAUUCCAGGAUUCGCUGCGAGUCCGAAAGACUUUUGGGCCAGAGUUACUCCCCGUAAAUAGAAGCACCGCAUCUCUCUACUCGACGUAGCGUUUACCGUAAUGAUUAGUUAUUUUUCUAUUUUACAUUUUCUAUACCGAUUGGUUAUAGUUAAUUCACCACACGUUAUUACCGCAAAAAUAAAUGGAUCUCGACGUU